UGUACACCCACGAAGAGGACUCUCCCCUACACUCCAUCGCGGGUGGAGCCUCUCUAGCACUCGCCAUGUUUGCAAAUAGCACGAACACGCUCGUUACUGGAGGCACAUUCAUUCAUUCCGAAGGCGACACGAAUGUGGUAUUCGGACAACAUGGUCUUGACCGAUUGCAGACCACGAUUGCGCCAGGCGCAAUGCACAACUCUGGCGAGCGAUUCGACCCUCCCAAGUGCCAUCCCAACACGCGUGUCGCUAUCAUAGAGGAGAUCAUGCGGUGGAUUCGCAACGUAGACCGCGAGCAGUUCAUGUUGUGGCUCAACGGACCUGCAGGCGCCGGAAAGUCCUCAAUCGCCCAGAAAAUUGCAGAGCUCUGCUUUGAGCAUGGCCUCCUCCUUGCCAGUUUUUUCUUCUCCCGAGUUUCGACCGACCGUAACACCGAAUCCCGCCUACCCAACACCAUCGCCUACCAACUGGCACUAAACAUUCCCCUGGUGCGACCUCAUAUCGUCCGCGCCAUCGAACACGACCCAAACUUUUUCUGUCUCAGUCUCGAGGCGAAAAUGAAGAUGUUGAUAAUUGAUCCUCUGAACGAUGCCUUCGAGUCGGUCGCGGAUUUGAAAUUCCUCCCUUGGCCACAUCUCGUCAUCAUUGACGGCCUGGACGAAUGUUACGGAAUAGAAGCCCAAAGACGCAUCCUCGACACCAUUACCACCGCCGUCAAGGUCACCAAAUUCCCUCUCAUAUUUCUCGUCGCCAGCCGUCCUGAAGUACACAUCUCGACGCACCUCGGAAGGGAACCCUUUCGCUCGAGCCUUGGUGAGCUUGUCCUUGAUGAGCGCUACCAACCUCACCUCGAUAUCAGCCUGUAUCUCCAAGACGCCCUAAGCAUGAUACACCGUCAGCAUCCCUUCCGCGAGCACAUCCCAGCCAACUGGCCUUUCCCCCAGCUAGUUGAUAUGAUAGUGCGAAAGUCAUCGGGUCAGUUCAUUUACGCUGCGACUGUUGUCAAAUACGUCGACUCUGUCUACCAUCGCCCCGACGAGCGGCUUGCCAGCAUCCUAGGACUUCAACCACUUGACGACUGCAGCGAAGAUCCUUUUGCCGAAUUGGAUACCCUUUACACAUUUUUUCGGGCGUGGAUAACAUCCAAGCAACACUUCGCGUCCUCGGGCUCGUCAUUUUGUCGAGGGGCGGGUUCAGUACAAGUUCACCUUAGCAAGUUGGCGUCGGUUCUCGAUGCGUCCAAAUACAGAUCACCAGUACAACUCUUCCACGCCUCGCUUUCAGACUUCCUUCUCGAUGAAAGGCGAUCUAGAGCGUACCACAUCAACGCAACAGUGGCUUGCCCGGAGCUACCUACGCAUUCCAACAUGCAGCAUAUCACUGUUCAUUGGCUUCAAGAUAUGACGGCCAACAACUUGGCGGACAGCUCUAUUGCUAGGAUUGUUUCCGCCAUCGAGGUGUUGUCGAAAUGUGUGCAGAAUAUAGACCUUCUGGACUGGGAGGGACCAAGCCCAAAGUCGAACUGGUAUCUCAACUUGGAUUUAUACUUACGAUCCCAGUUUGAGCUCUACCGAGCCACGGACGUGAAACUUAAUUCAUUGCUUGCGCUUCUGACUCUCGAAUGCCCUCAUCAGGCGAUCUAUCCGUACGAUGGCAGUUUGCAUGGUGCCGAAGUCAUGGUUCAUGCGCCCUUACUCGUCUUUUCCAACACCUUUUCUAAUGCUGGGAUCACCCCGAUAGAUUUCGUGUUGGGGUUGUCUCGGUGCCCUGACGUCGGUAUCUUUAUUGACCAGAGUGGACUGGAUAUCCGGCAUUUGCUUACACCGGCUGCUCACUUUGAGAUGGUAUAUGUCGCCCAAAUCCGGCUCAUCUUCCAGGAAUUUUUCAAGCCGGCGGAUCAGGUGUACAAUCAACUUGGCCGUGCUUUUGUUGAGUUCGCCUACACUGCUCAGUGAG